AUGUCGAUUGUAUCACUUUUAGGAAUCGAAGUCUUAAACAACCCAGCCAAAUUCAACGAACCUUAUGAGUUUGAAAUCACAUUCGAAUGUUUAGAACCUUUGAAAGAUGAUUUGGAAUGGAAAUUGACAUAUGUUGGUUCAUCCCAUUCAUUAGACCAUGAUCAAGAAUUAGAUUCUAUCUUGGUAGGACCCGUCCCAGUUGGAAUUAACAAAUUCAUAUUCCAAGCCGACCCACCAAGUCCAGAAUUGAUUCCAGCUAGUGAAUUAGUCAGUGUGACUGUUAUAUUGUUAAGUUGUUCUUAUGCUGAUAGAGAAUUCGUUAGAGUUGGUUAUUACGUUAAUAAUGAAUAUGAUUCUGAAGAAUUAAGAGAAAAUCCUCCAGCAAAAGUUCAAGUUGACCAUGUGGUUAGAAACAUCUUAGCUGAAAAACCAAGAGUAACGAGGUUCAACAUCGUCUGGGAUAACGAAGGAGCUACUGACGAAUAUCCACCAGAGCAACAAGUUGAUGAAGAUGAUGACGAUGAUGAUGAAGAGGAAGAAGAAGAGGAAGAGGAAGAAGAGGAGGAAGAAGAAGCUGAAGAAGAGGAAGACACUGCCACCUUAAAUGAUAAAGAAGACGGAGAAGGUGAAGAUAUCGAAGAAGAUAUUGAAGAAGAUAUUGAAGAAGAUUUAGAAAUAGAGAAAACACCAAUCGAUACUCAAUAA